CAAAACCUUUCUCGGAAACCGAUUCCUGGAAGCUCCGUCAGUCCAAACUGAACUGAGCUGUUUUCUGUCCUGCAGUUUACUGAAUAAAGAGCUCACACUCCGCUUUACUCUCACAGCACACCACCGGGAACACACAUCUGUUUUCUUUUUUUUUUUUUAUGAUUUUAAAAGUUACAAGGAAUGUUUUUUUCGCCAUCAUCCGAGACUAUGCAACUAUGAGAAUUAAUAAUUUACUGUGAGCGACUGCUGGAUUCCAAACUGGUUGCGAUCCAUAUGAUUUCCCUUGAUUUAAGGCCUGCUGUCAGUCAGAAAUGGUUGCCCGGUCAGUGACUGUUUUCCAUCAUGAGGAGCAAGGAGGUUCAUGCUGCCCACUUCCUUUUUCUCCACCCUGGGACCCUGCAGAAGACCUCCGCUGCAUCACUGCCACCUUCCAAUAUCUACAGGCCUCAGGCUGGUACUGGGGUUCCAUCUCAGCAAGUGAAGCUCGGGAAGCUCUCCUAAAAAAGCCCGAAGGCACGUUUCUCAUGAGGGACAGCAGUCAUCCUCGGUACAUGCUGGCCCUGUCGGUGAAGACCCGCUGUGGACCUACCAGUGUGCGCAUAGAGUACAGCAGGGGCUCUUUCUGGCUGGACUCCAUUUCCCCUAGCAUGCCUCACCUGCAGUCCUUCCCAGAUGUUGUCAGCCUCAUACAGAACUACAUGGGUUUGGGCCACACUCCACGGGGCCAGCCAUCUAAUGACAUCCCUCCCAAAACGCAUCCUGACCCUGCCAAGCACACAGCUAAGGACAGCGGAGUGCCUCUGAAGCUGACGGACCCCCUGCACAAACCACAGGCCUUCCCUUCUUUGCAGCACCUGACGCGCCUCGCCAUCAACAGACGCACGGGCUGCCACAGCCAGCUGCCACUCCCAAAGCUUCUGCUGUGCUACCUGCAGGACUACCCUUUCCACAUAUGAGGGUCUCUGUCGCUCUGGUAUGGGACACCGAGGCAGGAGGAUGGGUCAGGGUCACACUCCAUGAAUAUACACACACACACACACAGUGAAUCUGGGACAGUUUGAUGCCCCAGGCAACAGAGAACGUCCCAGAGGGAGAAUAUCGAAACGCUUUCAAAAACAAUAAACCUCAGUGUCACCUCGCUGCUCAUGAAUGAGCUAAGCCACACUAAAGUACUGAUGUUCUGUAAUUACAUUUUUAUUAUUUGUAUAUGUUUGUUUCAGCUACUGUACAUUCAUUUUAUGUCUACAACGCCAAUAUGUACUUUUUUUUAUCCAUUUCCCGCCAGUAAGAAGUGAGUCGUAGAGCUUUUAGGCACAAGGCAGCCCAAACUGAUCAACAAUAAAAGCAACCACUGUUUGCUAUGGAUUUGGAUUUUCAUCUUGGGAUCUCUGUUUGCCUCUGCUUUGAAGCUCAUUGUGCGGGCGCUAUAGGACCUGAGGUUUGCAAAGAGUGCUGAACAAAGCGAUGUUUAUUCACUCUCUGUGAAAUCAAUGAACCUGAUGAACCAUGGCUGAGCCAACAGUGAUCUCAUGUGACACUUGCAACUUUUUGGGAACCAUUAUGGUCAUCACAAAAUCUCUUAAACAUGUCUUAUCAUGCUGAGUGUUGUAGCUAUCUUGAUACAGCAUGUGCUUUGAUCAUUCUUUCUCACAAAAUUCAACAGAGUUUCGUUCCCUGCUGGGUCUCACUGUAAUGACUUCUUUCUGCAUCCCUGGGUUUUAUUUGUCAAAUCCGAUCACAGUAUUAUUAAUGGCCAGAGGUGGUUGACAAGUAAUUUUAAAGGCUAUAAUAAAAAAAACAGGGUACAGUG